AUGUGGUACCUCGAUGAUAUUCUUGUGCCUUCUACGUCAAUACCAGAUAUGCUAAACCGAUUACAACAGGUACUAGAGGCAUUAAAAGGGGCGAAACUAACACUAAAGUUGAGUAAGUGCUACUUUGGUUACCCGGAAGUAGCUUAUUUAGGUUUUAUGUUGUCAGAAAAGGGUGUGCGACCAAGUGAUCAAAAGAUAAUGGCAGUCAAGGCAUUUCCCAAACCAGUUAACAAACAUGAAGUUCGGAGAUUUCUUGGUCUAUGUGGAUUUUUCAGGAGGUUCAUACCUCAUUAUGCAGAAAAAGCUCUACCGAUUAGUGAACUGUUAAAAGACGGUGGGCCCUUCGUAUGGACUACUGCCCAGGAACAGUCAUUUCAAAUGUUAAAAGAAUAUCUUGUGAGCCGGCCAGUUCUACAAUUAUUCAAUCCAACGACAUAUACAGAGUUACAUUGCGAUGCCAGCAGUAUGGGAUUGAGUGGCAUGCUCCUACAGCGCGGUAGUGAUGAUAAACUCCACUUAGUACAUGCAGUGUCAAAAAAGACAACCAGUGCAGAGAAAAAUUAUCAUUCCAGUAAGAAAGAGUUAAUGGCAAUGGUAUGGAGCAUGAAUCGACUCCGGCCAUAUCUGAUUGGUAUCCAGUUCCUGGUAGUGAUAGACUGCCAAGCCAAGCCAAGCCAAGCCAUAACAAUACCAAAGUACACACAAAAACAUGUUAAAAACUAG